AUAUGCAACGAAUAGACGCCAUAUUUCGUUACGUACUCCAAUUUCAGUCUUGUUAUUAGCAAGAUUGCAUCAUUAACAAGUACGCGGUGGAGCACGAUUCAUUAUUUAAUUUUCACACUAAUUUGUAUUUUUCACAGAGAACGAGGCGAAAACUUGUUUUCCCCGAAUGAGAAUUUGAAACGCGCAAAAUACUAUUUUUCAAUCAGAACUUGUUUGCCCAGAUUCAAAUGUAGUAUGAAACACCAGUCGGCGAAGAAACUUUUGCAAACUUCAAUAUGUAACUUUCACGUUGUAAAUAAAAACCAGUUACGCGAGACGAGAAUUCUUGAGAUGAAAAAUAAGCAAAAAAAAAAAUACCAGUCGCCCGCAUAGUUCCAUUUAUUGAACAUAAACGUCUUCCUUGCGCUUAAGUCCUCUUCAGUAUGAUUUAUACGUGAAACAUUUUUCAGUUAGUCCAAGAGUUGAGAAAAAAAGGAUAUAUUAUGGAUAAAAAUUGAUAAAAUUCAACGCGCACGAUACGUCCAAGUUAAAAAUAAUUCAUUUUUAUGUCGAACAUAAAAUUAUAAAAAAGAGGACUCGAAACGUUCACGUUUAACGAACUAAAUUAUGCUAUUUUCUGGUGUCAUCGUGUAUCGUAUGUCCGGAGAUAAAAAUUCAAACUAAGCGGAGCAUUUUUUAUUAGAAUAUCCGUUGGAUUAUUUGCUCGAUAUUUCGCAGGGUAACUUCGUAUGCAAAAACAAAACCAUCGUAACUUCUUACAUGCCGCCGCAACGGUGGACAAAUAUUGCAAUAACCUUAUAUCAAGAUUAAUUUUUAAUCUACCGCGUUGCAGGGAAUAGGGGGUUCGAGCGAUUUAUAAUUUAUCGCGAGCACAUAGCCGGUCCCGUAUUUUGAGUCGCGCAUACAUUAAAGUAAAAAAUGAUCACAGGCUCGAAAAUACUUUGCCUCCGGAACCAGGAACCAUUAACGUUCGUUCAUCGUUGCUUUGACCGAUCGGGCGCCGGUUAUAUUAAAUGGAUACGACAAAAAGAAAAUCGAAAUCACGUCGUCUCUGUCUUGGUCUUUGCGUCUCGAGCGUGUCGCCCCCUUACGUGCGUAUCGAUCGAAUCCUUCGAUCGCAGAAUCAGCCGCGUGACGGGUUUCAACGGGAGGGAGGAAAAUUCGUUGCGGCGUAAGCAUCCGUUCGCGAUUUUCAUCCGUAGCGUAACUCGUGCCUGUGAAACGGCUGUAAGUACGUCAAUAAGAGAGCCCCGUUCUCCAGCGAGAAACUUCCCGGUGCGUUUGAAGAUCAAACGCUGAAAGCGCGCCCUUUCUACCCCGUAAACUGAGCGGGGCUGCAUUGUCGCUGGAAAAAUGCACGUUCGAGCGCACAGGCGCGCGUCUCUUAUCGAGACAGUAUUUCAUGCGGACUUUCUUACCUCUGCAUUAAAUUUCUCCGCGACCAAACGAACCUGCUACUUCCCGGUUCGACCGUACGCAUACAUUUUCGCGAGAAUUUCAGCCCGUGAGGCCGGGCGGUGUGGUGAAAUCGAGGAUACAUCGGGCAUGCAUAUAUUCCGAUACGUCGAGACGCGUCGUUUUUACGAAACGGAUUCCGCGCGUCGCUCGCGAAACCGUGUCGGUGCGCGCGCACCGGCACGCGGGCAUGCGCGUGACGAUUAGCGCGGCGGCAUCGCUGCACUUCCGACGUGCAUCGCGCGAAGAUCGUCCCUGAAGAUCUCCCAGCCGCACGGAAGACGGAGAAAAACGAUUUUUCGUCGCGCUACGUCGCCUCGUAGCGCGACUUCUAUCACCACGCUAGCGCUAGCGAACGUAUCGGGCCACGGUACGUCGCGAUGCCAGCAACGACGUGUUUUCCUCGUGGAACAGUCAAGGCCACCGCGAGAUAAUUAUGCAGAUAACGGUGAUGCUCGCCGGUAACCCAGCUGCGUGGAGGAUCUACAGGGUCGGGAUUGGAGAUAGACAAGAUGGACCAACAGUAUUGUCUACGGUGGAACAAUCAUCCAGCCAACCUCACAGACGUUCUCAGCUCCUUACUUGCCAGAGAGGCACUCUGCGACGUUACCCUGGCGUGUGUUGGAGAGACAUUCAAGGCACACCAGACGAUACUCUCUGCAUGCAGUCCGUAUUUUGAGAGCAUUUUCCUCCAGAAUACCCAUCCCCAUCCAAUUAUAUUCCUGAAGGAUGUCAAUGACACGGAAAUGAAGGCAUUGCUGCACUUUAUGUAUAAAGGAGAAGUUAACGUUAGUCAGCAUCUACUACCGAUGUUCCUUAAAACAGCCGAGGCAUUACAGAUUAGAGGCCUCACAGAUAAUAGUGUAAAUAACAAGACAGAAGAGAAAAGUCCAUCGCCGGAACCAGAAACGCAAACUGGUGUUAGGCAUACCGACUCGCCUAACCUUCAGCCUCUUCCUGAAAAGAGGAAAAGAAAGGCUUCGGGCAGCUACGAUGUUUCCCUUAGUGGUCCACCCAGUGAACGGUUCAUGUCCGAUUCUCAGGCAUCUUCGCAAUGUAGUUACAAAUCAAGCCCUCCUGUGAUUCCAAAGUUAAAUAAUGCCUUGGGAGGUGAAAUGGAAGAUGGUGGUCGACCUAUGUCCCCUGCAUCACAGCCGCAACCUUCUAUCAAGCAAGAGUUAGAUCAUCAUUUACCAGACUUCCAUGACAACAUCUCCCUCCCAGGACAUCCAAUUGGACUGCUAGGAGAUGAAGGGGGUGCCACGGCGGGUGCGCUUAGCGAUGGCGUGUCAGGGAUUGAAUCGUCCGAACACCAUAAUCCCCCAGAAAUGCUCGACGGACUCGAUGGUUCAAAAGCCUGGCACAUGCGGCUGACCUUUGACCGGGUGCCAGGCGGCUGCAACCUUCACAGGUGCAAGCUGUGCGGCAAGGUCGUGACGCACAUCAGGAACCACUACCACGUCCACUUCCCCGGCAGGUUUGAGUGUCCUCUCUGUCGUGCCACGUAUACACGUAGCGACAACCUGCGCACGCACUUUAAAUUCAAACACCCCGAGGCAAGAAAGAUCGAUCUAAACGAUUUUAUGACGGGCACCUUGGCGCUCUCCACGAUGACUAACGAUACCAUGAACACGCUGUCCUAAAACGCGGAACGAACUGCACGCGUCUGUAUAUAUCUUAUACAUAUACAUAUAUAAAUAUAUAUAUUUACACCUACGUACGCGCCUCGAAAGCAAAGAAAAUCAGAAAAAAAGUAACAAUGAAUAAUAUAUACAAUAUAUAUAUAUUAUACAUACAAGACAACAAAAAAAGGAAAAAAAAAAAAUACAUUUACUGAGAGCGCGGGUGGCUGCGUCGACAGGGGGGUAUUGUCGCAAAUUUCGAUCACACGAUACGGCCCUGGUGUCACGGCCACGCUAAAAGGCCGGUCUCUUUCGGCUUUUUUCUUUCUCGAACACCAAAUCUUUUAUAGGUUCUA